GUGCUCGGUUUAAUUUACAUUUUUAACAAUUUUAGGUUUUUUAAAUAAAUUACUAUCGAUCUUGAGUCGUCAUUUACGUGUUUAAAGUUCGCCUUCCGGUUGCCACUAUGACUGUACCAUUUACACGGUGCGAUUACGAGUUGUGCAAGAAAUCGCACGGUGUUCUUUAUAAAAUCGCUCACGAACUCAAGACGAUGUACAAUCUCCAGGAGGAAGAAUUUAAAUACCAGAAAGGACAAGCUAAGAAGCUUUGGAACUUAGCCCAACGAUACCAGAUAUUAGAGAAAGGAGCCCCAGGGGUAUCCAUUUAUCCUGAUAUUGCGGUAAAUAUGGUUAAGUGUGCAAUGAGGACUGAAAUGAACGAAAUUAUCAAUAACAUUCACACGUCCAAUGAGAAAAUGAGGGACGCUAUCAAGUUGCUAACGCCUCUUUACGGGGAACUCGAUGCGAUCGUGAAGGAAAUUGACUGGACCGCGGACGGAGGCAUGAUCAAGGGAGAUGAGAUGUUCAAACCGUUGGCGUAUUACAUUCAGAGCGUUUCCGACUGGAGGAAAUCUUUUAAGCGGCUUGUAACCGAGAAUCAAGUCCUGGAGGAUCUGUUAGACAUUGAAUUUUGUUGUACGGUUGAGGCAUACUUAUCACAUCUUGAUUUGCGAGAAGGAAGCAGGGACUUGUUUGCCAAGGAAAUGUGCUUCGUUGAGUUGAUGUAUCCGAAAUAGUGCAAAAGAGGAGACGAGUAUGCAUAAAUAAAUUGGCUGUGAUAGUGUAACUAAUUUGUCAAUGAAGAAAACAAUUUAUUAGGAUUGAUUAUUUUGAAGAUCUGAUUAAUAUAAAGAGAAAAUGCUUCCGAGUGUGGUUGCACAAAUUUCCUCGGUUUUAAUGAUAAUAAAUGAUAUUGCUCUGAUUGCAAUGUUUAACCUAU